UCUGGGCGGGAGGCAGCAUGGGAGCAAACACCUCCAGCAAGUCGCUGCCCUUUGGUGAGAAUGAAGAAGUCACCUUCGACCAUUUUGAGAUACUGCGAGCGAUUGGGAAGGGCAGCUUUGGAAAAGUCUGUGUUGUACAAAAGAAUGACACCAAGAAAAUGUAUGCCAUGAAAUACAUGAACAAGCAGAAGUGUGUGGAGCGUAAUGAAGUGAGGAAUGUCUUUAAGGAGUUGCAGAUCAUGCAAGGCCUGGAACACCCCUUCCUGGUUAAUCUCUGGUACUCAUUCCAAGACGAAGAGGACAUGUUCAUGGUGGUAGACUUGCUGCUCGGAGGGGACCUGCGGUACCACCUCCAACAGAACGUGCGAUUCCAGGAAGGCACUGUGAAACUGUUCAUCUGUGAGCUGGUGUUGGCCCUCGACUACCUCCAGAGCAGACACAUCAUCCACAGGGACAUCAAGCCUGACAACAUCUUGCUGGACGAGCACGGACACGUGCACAUCACCGACUUCAACAUUGCCACAAUGCUGACUAAAGAAACUCAAGUCACCACAAUCGCUGGCACAAAGCCGUAUAUGGCACCUGAGAUGUUUAACUCUACAAAACCCAUCGGCUAUUCCUUUGCUGUGGACUGGUGGUCACUUGGAAUCACUGCUUAUGAGCUGCUCAGGGCCCGGAGGCCGUAUCAUAUUCGCUCCAACACUUCCACACAUGAAAUUGCUCACGUAUUUAAGACUGCUACAGUGAUGUACCCUGCUGCUUGGUCUGAGGAAAUGGUGAUGCUGAUCAAAAAGUUGCUCGAGACAAAUCCUGACAAGCGUUUUUCUCAGCUGAAAGAUAUCCAGGACUUUCCCUAUCUGUCAGAUGUAAACUGGAAUGCUGUUCUCCAGAAGAGGAUAAUGCCAGAAUUCAUUCCUACGAAAGGAAGACUGAACUGUGACCCAACCUUUGAACUUGAAGAGAUGAUCCUGGAGUCCAAACCUCUUCACAAGAAGAAGAAGCGCCUGGCUAAGAAGGAGAAAGACAUCAACAAAAGCAAUUCCUCACAGGCCUGCCAUCUUCAAAAGCAUCUAGAGACACUCCAGAGGGACUUCAUUGUUUUCAACAGAGAAAAGGUGAGACACCAGCACAACGAGAUCCAGCAGCAAGCAGCGCUGGCCAAGUGCAGAGGCAUGCACAAGGACAGCCAGAACAACAACCUCUGAGAACCACAGCCCUGGCAGCAGGAAGCUCUGGGACUGCCCCUGUAGCUUGCCACCAUUCACUAGAAGCAGCCCAUGAUUUUGCCUUCCAUGACAGCAGCAAUGUGACUGCGUGAGAAGGGUGAGCUGCUCAGCACUCUUCCACUGGGGUUGGCUGGUUGGUAUCACAGCCUAGUGAGUACCAGGCACCCACCCGCAGAACAUCACCACCAGCCCUUGUCAUGGUGGGAUCUGCAGCUGUGAGCCCUGGCUCUUUGGGCCAGGAUUCCUGCAUGGUCCCUACAUGGAGCUGAUUUUUCCAGGUGGAAAACACUGCUCUGACUUGUGGCGCCUUCAGUGGCACGCAGCAGUAGCCUCAACUUGCAGAGAUCUGCAAACAUCCUCAGAAGGGCUGGUGCUGGCAGCAAGCUUCUUCCCCAGCUGGGCAAGGGCAGUGAGGUUCCAUUCAUGCUUCCACUCCUCACUGCUUGCAGAGCCACCUGGUGCAGAGCCAGGCAGGCACACAGCUGGACAGGGAAGUGAUACAGUGACAGCCCAUGAGCAGCAUCCCAGAGCUUUUCCAGGCCAUCCUGAAAAGCCAUUCACAAACAUGUUAAACUGCUGCAAAUUUCUGAGUCUGACGGGUCGUGGCUUCCAACAUCAGAGGUAAAUUUGAAUGCGUACUUUUCAUCUCUCUGCUGUUGUCUUCACACUUGAUUUAAGCAGCAACAGCUGUGCUCCUGGUGCAGGCUUUGCCAAGAGUGAGAUUGACCAAAGCAUCUCUAUUAUGGUAAAUGCUAGGUAUUAUGCUAUAAUUCAAAUGUUUUUGCAGACCAAACCUUUCACCUCUUUAUUUGACAUUUUUCCUUAUCUCAGCAAUAUAAUAAACAUGUGAUGAACUGUCUGUCUCCCAUUUGCCCAAGGGUUCUUGUAUCCCCUGUGCCUUCCUGUCUCUCUCCUCUGGCUGAAUCUGAUUAAUUAAAAAAAAUCCAAAUAAAACAGACAGCAAAUGAAAGACUCCUUCCCAGGUAACCA